CGGAAGCCAAUCAAUCCUCUGCCCUCUUCCUUUUUUGCUCCUCCCCUCAGCUCCACUCUUCCUCCCUCCUUUUGUUCCUUCAUUUUGAGCUUUUUUUUUUUUUGUAAUUGUGAUAAUUCAUCAUGAUGCUGAUGAAUUGCUACAAUCAUAGCCCUGCUACUGCCACAACUUCCAGCGAUUUGUGUUGGAAGAAAACCAUAUGUAAUAAUAACCCUUAUUCCCUUCCUCUCAUCUCUCGCAACGAUCCCCACCGCGGCCGCCACCGCCGCGGAGCCCGUGCUCGGCCUAAUAAUCACUGCCCGCGGAGGAGGAGGUGCCCCGGCUUGUCGUUAGUGUGCUCCGUUGCCCCGCCCAACCAAGUCGAGUCGCCUGUCGUAACCUCUGAAAAGCCCCCGUCGAAUGCUACAGCGACCAGGCGUGAGUGCUUCGGCGUCUUCUGUACCACUUACGAUCUCAAGGCGGACGAGAAAACAAAGUCAUGGAAGAAACUGAUUAAUAUAUCAGUAUCAGGGGCAGCUGGGAUGAUAUCCAAUCAUCUUCUCUUCAAACUUGCAUCUGGUGAAGUUUUUGGACUCGAUCAACCUAUUGCCCUGAAGUUACUGGGUUCUGAAAGAUCAUUACAAGCUCUUGAAGGAGUUGCUAUGGAGCUUGAGGACUCAUUAUAUCCUUUGCUAAGAGAGGUAAGCAUAGGAAUCGAUCCUUACGAGGUGUUUCGAGAUGCAGAAUGGGCACUUCUCAUUGGAGCAAAGCCUCGAGGUCCAGGGAUGGAACGUGCUGAUUUGCUAGAUAUAAAUGGUCAGAUUUUCGCAGAGCAGGGAAAAGCACUCAAUGCCGUGGCAUCUCCCAAUGUUAAAGUCAUUGUCGUAGGGAAUCCGUGCAAUACAAAUGCACUUAUUUGUAUGAAAAAUGCACCGAAAAUACCUGCAAAGAAUUUCCAUGCCUUGACGAGGUUAGAUGAGAAUAGAGCCAAAUGUCAGCUGGCCCUUAAAGCAGGUGUAUUUUAUGAUAAAGUGUCAAACAUGACAAUCUGGGGAAAUCACUCAACCACUCAGGUUCCUGAUUUCCUUAAUGCCAAAAUUAAUGGUAAGCCAGUAAAGGAAGUUAUUACUGAUCAUAAAUGGUUAGAAGAAGAGUUCACUGAAAGGAUUCAGAAGCGAGGAGGGGUGCUUAUUCAAAAAUGGGGUAGAUCUUCUGCUGCAUCAACUGCAGUUUCUAUUGUUGAUGCGAUAAGGUCCCUUAUCACUCCAACUCCUGAAGGUGAUUGGUUUUCUUCAGGGGUUUAUACCAAUGGGAAUCCUUAUGGCAUCGAGGAGGAUAUUGUUUUUAGCAUGCCUUGUAGAUCAAAGGGGGAUGGUGAUUAUGAGCUAGUCAAGGAUGUAAUAAUUGAUGACUACCUUCGACAACGUAUCAAAAAGUCUGAAGCUGAACUGCUCUCGGAGAAAAGAUGUGUAGCUCACUUAACUGGGGAGGGUGUUGCAUAUUGCGAUAUUCGUGAGGACACCAUGCUACCUGGUGAACAGUAGAAAAAUAAAGAGGAUGCACAUAAUAGUAUCAGUAUCAGUUAGUAUCAGUUGUGGAGGAAAAUCCUCAAAAGCAAAGUUUCUUCCUCGAAAUGAAAGGCUAUUCAUUGUGAUGGAAUAGUUAUUUAUGCAAUAAGUGGGAGUUAGGCCUCCAUUUGUUGUAUAAUCGCAAAUCUUCUGUGCUAAAGAAAUCUUAGUUUUUCAUUCUACUGGGUAUGUCUUAAAGCAUCCCCCACUGUAUAAUAUGGGUAAUUUUUUUGGCAUCAUUUAUAUGAUUUUAUGGUAGAUAGGUUGCUGAUUUGGUA